AUGAGAAUGCCUUGGAAACGGAUAUCACGCCGUCAAUCACGAGGGGAAGUCACGAAGCAAGAGCAGAGGGUCCAAGAUCGCAUGGAGAGACCUGACUGUCUUCGCACCGCCACGAUCCAAGGGAAGAUGCUCGUGGAAGAGACAGGAAGGCAGGCAAAUUCUCUUUGGAGGUCAGACCCUGCUUUGCUGUCGGUGUCCGGAUGCGUGGAAGCGGGGACGUUCCUGGUCAUUCUGGGCGGAAGCGGAUGCGGGAAGACGACUCUGCUCACCACUCUGGCCUCCAGGGCUCCCAGAGAUCUCAUCAUCCACGGGGAGGUGAACAUCAACAGCCACGUCAUCCCGGACCUGUUUGAUCGGUCCAUCGCGAGCGGCUCGGGGUUCCUUCAUCAGGACAAUCUCUUCUACCCGACCCUCACCGUUCGGGAGCAUCUUCGGUUCAUGGUCAGACGCGUUGUGGGGCAGGGCACGACCCGGCUUGCCUGGCAAGCCGGGAAAUCCCCAGGAAUCCCAGGAAAGUCCCAGGAAUUAAUGGUGCCUGAACGGCACAGCCAGCCCCUGCGACCCGGGGUGCUGGGUAAAAGCCGGUCCAGCAAAUUGGUGUGCAUGAAAUUAGGAGGAGGAAUAAAGAAGGCGGAGAGGGAGAGACGGGUGGAGGAAGUGAUGGACGAAGUGGGUCUCAGGUCGGCUGCCUCCACGGUCAUUGGAUCCCCUGCCACUAGGAAAGGCAUCUCCGGCGGGGAACAGAAGAGACUGGCCUUCGCCUCGGAGGUGAUCACGGACCCCCCAUUGCUGUUCUGCGAUGAGCCGACGUCCGGUCUGGAUUCGAACAAUGCGGAGAGGAUCGUGAAGAUGAUGCAAGAGCUGAGCAGACGGGGGAAGACCGUGAUCUGCACCAUCCACCAGCCGUCCUCGAGGAUCUUCUCCUUAUUCACGAACAUCAUGUUUCUAGUCGAAGGCCGCCUGGCUUGCCACGGUCCCAAGGAAGAUGUCCUGCAGUUUUUCACCUCCAUCGGUCACGAGUGCCCCAGCCGAUACAAUCCAGCCGAUUUCCUCAUCAACGUUUUGGCCAUGGCAGCUUUAAGGAGAGGGACCGAGACAGAAAAUGAGAUUUGUGAUGCUUAUUCCAAGUCCGAUCUGGCAAGGAAUGUACAAGGAGAUAUCGCAGAACAAUUCACCGAUUAUGACUACGACUCGGGAAGCCUAAUCUUCCAGAGCAUUCCGAGGGACCAAAGAGGGAUCCAGGCCUUGGCAGGCGCCAUGUUUUAUUUGGUAUGUGAAGCUAUUUACCCAGUGAACAAUCGGGUUCUGAAUAUUUUCCCUCGAGAGUUGCACAUAUUCAACCGUGAGUACCAAGCCGGACUCUAUCACGUCCAUUCCUUCUAUGCCUCCAAAGCAAUUCUACUGAACUUUGCCACACUGGAUCAGUUGGAUCCAGUACUUGUCCUUCUUCCGUCUGGGAUUCGAGGGACUCAUGAUCACUCAGUUCUCAGGAAUCUCGAGCAUCAGUACGUCCAUCCAUUCGCAGGCCCAUCCGACUCUCAUUCAACCCCGAUUUUAAGCUGUUGUGGGAAUGAAGUGGCGAGAAGGUGCUUCCAGACUGGCGACGAAGUGCUUGACAGCUAUGCCUUUUCUACAUCCAUGUUUUCGUUUGACGCUUUAGGACUCGUGGUGCUCUUCUUUGUAUUUCACCUGCUUGGGUACCUGCUGCUCCUUCUUCGAGCCAGAAAGAGCUAAGGCAGAUGAGUAAGAGGUUGUCAGUUCUGCAAUAAAUCUCUUGCAGUUUCA